CGGCGCUGUGGGGCGGCCCGUCCGCGUCCCCAUCCCCUGCCUGGGCGGCGGGGCCAUGGCGCUGCUGCGGGCCCGGGCGCUGUAUGACUUCAGGUCGGAGAACCCGGGCGAGAUCUCCUUGCGGGAGCACGAGGUGCUGAGCCUGUGCAGCGACCAGGAGAUCGAGGGCUGGCUGGAGGGGGUCAACAGCCGCGGCGACCGCGGCCUCUUCCCGGCCUCCUACGUGCAGGUCAUCCGCGCGCCGGCCGCCGAGCCGCCAGUGCCGCUGCCCGUGCCCGUCCCGGCCCGCUACGCGAAUGUGCCGCCCGGGGGCUUCGAGCCCUUAGCCGCGCCGGCGGCCGCCUUCAACCCGCCUCCGGUUCAGCAGCAGCAGCAGCUGCCGCCGCCGCCGCCACAACAGCUCCCUUCCCCGGCGGCAGAGCCUUUCCAGCUGCCGCCUCCGCUGGCCACUUCGGGCUUCUCUUUCCAAGCGGUGCCUUACGGGGGCUCUUCCUACCAGACGAGCCAAGGCAGCGACGACGACUGGGACGAUGACUGGGACGACAGCUCCACCGUGGCCGACGAGCCGGGGGUCUUGGGCAGCUCCUACCCGGACUAUGAGCACGGUGGCAUGGGCGGCGGCGCCUCUUCGGGCAGGUACCGCCUCUCCACCCGCUCCGAUCUGUCGCUGAGUUCCCGGGGCAGCCACCCCGGCGGCCACUUGCAUCACCCGGCCGGGGGCACCGGCGGGGCCAAAAGCUCUGCCACAGUGAGCCGAAACCUGAACCGUUUCUCCACUUUCGUGAAAUCGGGAGGCGAGGCUUUUGUGCUGGGCGAGGCGUCCGGGUUUGUGAAGGAUGGGGACAAGCUGUGCGUUGUGCUGGGCACCUAUGGGCCCGAGUGGCAGGAGAACCCCUACCCUUUCCAGUGCUCCAUUGACGAUCCCACCAAACAGACCAAAUUCAAGGGCAUGAAGAGUUACAUAGCUUACAAGCUGGUGCCAAGCCACACUGGGCAGCAGGUGCACCGGCGCUACAAGCACUUUGACUGGCUCUAUGGGCGCCUGGUUGAGAAGUUUCCUGUCAUCUCUGUGCCCCAUUUGCCAGAGAAGCAGGCCACAGGACGUUUUGAGGAGGAUUUCAUUUCCAAGCGGCGUAAGGGCCUAGCUUGGUGGAUGGACCAUAUGUGUAGCCAUCCCGUGUUGGCCCAGUGUGAUGCCUUCCAACAUUUCCUCACCUGUCCCAGCACUGAUGAGAAAGCCUGGAAGCAGGGCAAGCGCAAAGCUGAGAAAGAUGAGAUGGUGGGUGCAAACUUCUUCCUGACCAUCAGCGUCCCCACUGGCCCCCUUGCUUCUCUGGACCUACAGGAGGUAGAAAGUCAGGUAGAUGGCUUCAAGAGCUUCACCAAGAAAAUGGAUGAGAGCACCAUUCAGCUCAAUCAGACAGUCAAUGAGUUCGCUCGCAAGCAGGUCACUGGCUUCAAGAAGGAGUACCAGAAAGUGGGACAUUCCUUCAAGGGCCUCAGCCAAGCCUUUGAGAUGGACCAGCAGGCAUUUUCAGUUGGCCUUAAUCAAGCCAUUGCCUUCACUGCAGAAGCUUAUGAUGCUAUUGGUGAACUCUUUGCAGAGCAACCCAGGCAGGACCUGGAUCCUGUAAUGGAUUUGUUAGCGCUGUAUCAGGGACAUCUUGCCAAUUUCCCAGACAUCAUCCAUGUCCAGAAAGGUGCCAUUACCAAAGUGAAGGAAAGUAAGCGCCAUGUGGAAGAAGGGAAGAUGGAGCUCCAGAAGGCUGAUGGCAUCCAGGAUCGUUGUAACAUUAUUUCUUUUGCCACCUUGGCAGAAAUUCACCAUUUCCACAAAAUUCGAGUUAGGGACUUCAAAUCACAAAUGCAGCAUUUUUUACAACAACAAAUACUUUUUUUCCAAAAAGUGACACAAAAGUUAGAAGAAGCUCUUCACAAGUACGACACUGUUUAAUUUCUGGAUGAUUGUGUUUUUGGCUUAAUUCUUGGACUUCGAAUGGUGGAUAUUCCUUGGCAUGUGGAUGAACUAAGAAACAAAGUCAAUCAUCACUCUCAAAUAGCUAUUAGCAACUCUUGGGGUGCUGUAUAAGGAUGGUUUUUAAUCAAUUUUGGAUUCCAGCUGAACCUAAUAAUUGCAUAAGGAGGAAAUAAUUAUGUCUAUAUAGCGGAGACUGUACUACACAUUGUAACUAAAUUAUACUCCAAAUGACUACACUACCAUUGUAAUGUUUUUGAAAUAAUGGUUAUACUAUUUGCCUUAUUGCUUUUUUGAAAUACGGUAUUUUAGUGCAUACUCUGUAGACCUCAAAACCUUUUGGGUCUUUAAGGAAGUUGGCUAGAUUUUUAAAAAGCCUGCUCCCGAUGCCUUUUUAAAAUUCUCUUUGGUUUGAAUUUUCUAAAUUCAACCAAUUCUCUGUUUACAAAUUCCUGAUAGAGCAGCUAUGCGACUUUGUGCCUUUAGACUCACAGUUUUUCAUUUUCUUUUCUAAUAAACCACAUUUUUAUGACUGAGUGAAUAAAGGGCUGGCGCCUGUGAUGGGGCCUGAUUUCAAACCUCAUCAUGACUGGGGGUGGGACUAGUUGUCAUAUAACCUGCACUCUAGAUAUUAUGAUAAGUGUUGGUGGAAAAAAGAAACACUUAAAAUCAUUCUAGACUUUGUUUUGAUUAAAAAUACUAUUUAUUACUUGUACCAGAACCUUAAAGAAACAAGUAAGAAUUGAGCACUGCAGUAUUUCCUUUCUUAACAUGGCAACAUAAACCUUCCAGUGUAACACAUUUUUGAAUAGAAACUUGGACCACUUAUCUAAUAAAAGAAUACUGAAGAAUAUCAGUGCGAUAAGAAUACAGGA